CCGUUGUGGUUUAAACAACAUAACAUUUAAAAGGAUAUUAAAUUUGUUUUGACUCUUAAACAUACGAAACACUAAGACUGAAACAAUGUUGUUUAUCUUGACAAUACCGUUGUUGUUUCAUGUGUGUAACUGUUUCCUUUUGGUCGAUCAGACACCGAGAAAUAUCACAAAACAGCUGACGGUGAGCAAUGGCGGUACAUUUGGCACGUGGGGGUUAAAACAGUUCUGCCCAGACGGAGAAUUUGCUAUUGGAUACGACAUCAAAGUUGAGUCGUAUCAGUACACAGGAGACGACACUUCUUUGAACGCCAUCAGACUAAUAUGCUCGGACAUCAAGGGCAGCCCUUCAGCGGAGAAACCCGUCACUUCCGCUGUUGGAGAUUGGGGCGACUGGCAGGGCCGAGCGACGUGCAACCAGAGGCCGGGGGUCAAUCUGUUCCUCAAGGCGUUUAGUCUACAGGUCGAGCCCCCACAAGGUAGCGGGGACGACACAGCAGUCAACUGGGCGAAGUUUCAGUGUCGGGAUAUGGAGGGAAACACGCCGCUGGAAGAGUUAAAUAAGCUUCCAGGACAUGGGCAGUUUGGAAGCUUCGGGAAUUGGUCCGACUCCUGUACGACUGGUAGCGCCAUUUGUGGAAUGAGGACGCUGGUGGAGGCAUUUCAGAGCGAUGGCGACGACACGGCGCUCAAUGACGCCAUCUUCUACUGUUGUCAAGAGGCAUGAUCAGUGACCAUGCUUUUUAUCAUAUGAUUUUCUUCGAAAUAUAGCAUGCGAAAAUUGUAUCAAAUGUCCUUGUUUGUUAUGCCGAUAAAAAUAAAUUGUUGCAUGCGUG